UACUUGAUGUACAUUUUAGUGGCAAUCCACCAAAAAAAUCAUCUUAUUAUAUAAAUCCAACAUUUCAACCCCAUUAAUCCAUUAUACACCACACCACCACCUUGCUCUCUUCCACCAAAAACCCCUCAAAAUUAAAAUUUCAUCACCAUGCUUAAACCCCACCACCGCCUCCAUCUCCACCUCUUCUUUUUAUUCCUUCACCUCCCAUUUUCUCUCUCCGCCACCUCCCCUGCCGACAUCGCCGCCCUCAAAUCAUUCAAAGCCGCCAUUGACCCGUCAACAAUCCGUCCAUCUUCCUGCCUAGGAAGCUGGGAUUUCUCUUCCGACCCCUGUUUAACACCAAGAACAACCCACUUCAUUUGUGGUCUCACUUGCUCCCCUGAUUCAACCCGAGUUGUCUCAAUCACUCUCGACUCAGCCGGCUACUCAGGAACCCUUACCCCACUCGUUUCCAAACUCACCCAGCUCGUUCUCCUCGACCUCGGCCAAAACUCGUUCCAUGGAACUAUCCCACUUUCUCUCUCCUCGCUCUCUCUCCUCCAAUCUCUUUCUCUCAGAUACAAUUCCUUCUCCGGCCCACUUCCUUCUUCCAUAGCCACCCUCACAUCACUUCAAGACCUUGACCUCUCUGGUAAUCUCCUGUCGGGCCCACUCCCGAAUACUCUGUUUUCUCUCUCUCAUUUGACCAGGCUUGACCUCAGCUUCAACAAAUUUUCCGGCAAUCUCCCCAAACUACCCCCGAAUUUACUCGAGAUUGCGAUCAAAGCAAACUCGUUAUCCGGGCCCAUCGUAAAAACCUCCUUCAUCGGGUUAACUCGGCUUGAAACGGUUGAACUCAGUGCCAACUCGUUCACCGGAGUUUUACAAUCAUGGUUCUUCCAACUCCCCGGGUUACAGCAAAUCAACCUCUCCAAUAACAGCUUGUCAGGUGUCGAGAUCUGGAAGCCUAACAGAGGGUACAGCAGCGGAUUAGUAGCAGUUGAUUUGGGGUUCAACAAAAUCGAAGGGUAUUUACCGGUGAGCUUAUUGGGAUUCCCUGCUUUAGCGUCACUAUCGUUACGGUACAACCGCUUACGUGGAACAAUCCCAUUGGAGCUCUGCAAGAAGGGAACCAUAAAGAGACUGUACCUGGACGGAAAUUACUUAACUGGGACACCGCCGGCGGGAUUUUUUCCUGGCGUUGGAAAAGAAUCUCCGGUGGCCGGAAGUUUUGGGGAUAAUUGUCUGCGGGGAUGUCCACCGAAGUCGCAGCUAUGCCUGCCUUCACAGAAGCCAAUGUCAGUUUGUAAGCAAGUUUACGGCGGUAAAAGGCAUGGCUAAAAACAAUUGAAGAGUCAAAUUUGUCGGGAAAAUUUCAAAAUAUUUAAUGUUUAAUUUAUUUUUUCAAAAUGUUGUUUGAAGGAAUAAAUUUCUACAGUACUUGCUGAGGUGGCGCGUGUUGUUUUUCUCUAGUGGAGAGAAAUGAUGGCCGUUGAUGAGGUGAGAAGAGAGAUUGCGGUGUUUCCUAUAACUAAUUUUGCAUGUGCGUAUAAAUUUUACUUUAAGGCUGUUUUUGGUAGUGUAGUACAGCUAGUAGUACUCCACUUUGUAAAAGUGUACAAUAAUGUGUAUAUCAUAUCAGGAGUAUCUUUCAUUUCAUGCAAA